UCUUCUUCUGUGCUCAUGCAUUUUGUCUCGCGAAUCUAGCUGCUCUCACCCACCACUACCGUAUUCAAUUUCUCCGCAACCGGCGGCUUGCGAGGAUGCUAUCUCUGACGUCCGAGGACCUGAACUAUCUAAUUUUCCGAUACCUUCAUGAAUCCGGUUUUACACAUACUGCUUUUGCCCUAGGGUAUGAGGCAGGUAUACAUAAAAGUACCAUAGAUGGAAAUUUGGUGCCUCCUGGUGCUCUUGUUAAAUUUGUUCAAAAAGGAAUUCAGUACCUCGAACUGGAAGCAAAUUUGAGCAAUGAUGAUGCUGACCUGGAUGAAGAUUUUCAGCUUCUGCAACCUCUAGACCUGAUAACCAAGGAUGUAAGUGAACUUCAAAAGAUCAUUAAAGAGAAAAAGGAAGUUCUCCAUAAGGGUAAAUCCCGGGGAAAGGACAAAGGUCAUAGUGAAUAUGAGUAUCAUGAGCGCGAACCUGCGAGAGAAAGGGAAAAGGAAAGGAAGCAAAGAGAUAAAGAUCGAGAACAUGAUAGGGACAAGAUAGAGAAGGAAAAGGAGAAAGAAAAGGGCAAAGACAGAGUAAAACCUCAUGAGGAUCUUGUAGAAGCCAAACAAAUAAGUGAUAAAAGUAAUCUCCGGCAUGAAGAAAAUGAAACGAAUGAAACGGCUAGAGAGCCUGAACCCAUGGAGAUUUGCACAAGCUUGACAGCCUUAUCGUGUGAGAUCGCAAGUUCUGAUGUAAUGGUUUUAGAAGGGCACACAUCUGAGGUUUUUGCAUGCGCUUGGAGUCCAACAUGUUCGCUUCUUGCGUCUGGGUCUGGAGAUUCGACAGCUCGAAUUUGGACGAUUGUAGAUGGACCUUGCAGUUCUCGGAUGCAGAGUGAACCAAAUGCAGUUGUUCUUAAGCAUUUCAAGGGUCGAACAAAUGAGAAAAGCAAGGAUGUUACAACACUGGAUUGGAAUGGUGAUGGUACAUUACUAGCUACUGGCUCCUAUGAUGGUCAGGCAAGAAUAUGGAGUAAAAAUGGGGAAUUGAUGAGUACAUUGAAUAAGCAUAAAGGGCCAAUUUUCUCUUUGAAAUGGAACAAAAAGGGUGACUAUCUUCUAAGUGGCAGUGUGGAUAGAACUGCUAUUGUGUGGGACAUUAAGGCCGGGGAAUGGAAGCAACAAUUUGAAUUCCACUCAGCCCCCACACUGGACGUUGAUUGGCGAAACAAUACUACAUUUGCAACUUGCUCCACUGACAAUAUGAUAUAUGUCUGCAAAGUUGGGGAUAGCAGACCCUUUAAAACUUUCUCAGGGCAUCAGGGUGAAGUUAAUGCUAUCAAGUGGGACCCCUCUGGCUCCCUUUUGGCUUCGUGUUCCGAUGAUUCCACUGCCAAGAUAUGGAGCUCGAAGCAGGAUUCAUGUGUGCAUGAUUUAAGGGAGCAUGCUAAGGAGAUAUACACAAUUAGAUGGAGUCCAACAGGCCCAGGCACAAGCAAUCCAAAUAAGCAGUUGAUGCUGGCAAGUGCCUCUUUUGACUCAACAAUAAAGCUAUGGGAUGUUGAAUUUGGGCGGGCUGUCCACAGCUUGAUUGGCCACAGGGAACCAGUUUAUUCCGUGGCAUUCAGCCCGAAUGGCGAGUACCUGGCCAGUGGGUCUUUAGACAAAUGCCUGAUUAUAUGGUCGGUGAAGGAAGCAAAAAUCGUGAAGACCUACAGUGGCAAUGGGGGAAUUUUCGAAGUCUGUUGGGACAAGGAUGGAAACAAGGUUGCAGCUUGUUUCUCAGACAAUGUUGUUUGUGUCUUGGAUUUCCGCAUGUUAUAGAACCCCCCUAUUCUAUUCCCCAUUUUCCCCUACUUGAAAUUGAGUUGGUUCUGAACUCCAAAGAUAUUUGCUAAUGAGGUGAGUACAUAAAAGCCUGAAACGUUUGUUCCCCAAUGAUUUAUGUGCGAAGAAGUUGCCGAGUAAAUUUUUGUAGCGUUG